GCCCGGAUCGGUGCGGAGUGGAGAAAAGAGGCGACCAAAUCGUUCAACAACAGGGACUUCGACGCCAAAGGUAGCAACCUUUUCAGCUCGAGGGACUUCAUGUUGAACGCCAGGGCCGAGAAAGAAGGACUUGGAAGCCGAGCUGCAGCCGCAGCCGCAGCCGCAGUAAAAAGAAGAGCAAGAAGAGCAAAAAGGACCUCCGAAAAAGAAGAAGAAAAAGCGGAGCAGCAGCAGCAGCAGGAUUUUAGCGACGUCGCGCCCAAGAAGCGGGAAGGAAGCCCCGCGGUGGCCUUUGUGCGGGAAAAGUUCAGGGCUCCCACGCGUGGCGCGGGCCGCGGACAAUUGACGACUGAGCCCAGAAGUGCUGGGUAUCGGCUGUAGGGCAGCCGGGCCUCUGCUCGUUGGCCGCCGCGAAGCGCCCUUCUCUGGCGAAGCCCCUGGGUGCUGGAACGGCUGGCUUGGUGGACGCGCGGCCGCGGGCGGCAUCCCCUGCUGCACCCGCCUGGCGUCAUCCGCGGCGCGCUGGCGGGGGCCCAGCGCCGCUCCCGGCGGCCCGGGGCGCGGCGCUCGCCGCGUCGCCCUCGGCGCCCCGCGGCCGUUGGAGAGGGCCCAGUCUGCUCAGGCA